AUGGAGUCAGAAGCAACACUAGCCACACUGGAGCCCUCCAUCGAACUCGGCUCCGUUCCGGAGAACGAUCAGACCUGGGGGCUCAAGCACAAGGUUGAGGCUAUCCAUGAGCGCGACCAACGAUCGGGCUUCGCGCCUCGUAAGCUCGGCAUCACCUGGAGCAACCUCACUGUCCAAGCCGUCAGCGCCGAUGCCGCCAUUCACGAGAACUUCGGCAGCCAGUUCAACAUCCCGAAGCUUUUCAAGGAGUCCCGGCAUAAACCGCCCCUGAAGUCUAUCCUCUCCGAGAGUCAUGGCUGUGUGAAGCCUGGCGAGAUGCUGCUCGUACUGGGCCGCCCAGGGUCCGGCUGCACCACGCUCCUUAGCGUCCUGGCCAACCAUCGACGUGGGUACGCCGCCGUCACCGGCGAUGUUCGCUACGGCGCCAUGACUGCCGACGAGGCUCAGCACUACAGAGGACAGAUUGUCAUGAACACCGAGGAAGAGCUCUUCUUCCCGGACCUCACCGUCGGUCAGACUAUGGACUUUGCCAGCCGCAUGAAGAUUCCGUUCAAAUUGCCCGAGGGUGUGGCUUCAGACGAAGAACUCCGCAUUGAGACUCGCGACUUCCUUCUUCAGUCCAUGGGCAUUCAGCACACGUUCGAUACCAAGGUUGGCAAUGAGUACGUCCGCGGCGUGUCUGGCGGAGAGCGGAAGCGAGUUUCCAUUAUUGAAUGCCUCGCCACCAGGGGCUCGGUCUAUUGCUGGGAUAAUAGCACACGUGGUCUUGAUGCCAGCACUUUAAGAGCCCUCGAAUAUACGAAGGCCAUCAGAGCGUUGACUGACGUGCUAGGCCUUGCAUCGAUUGUGACCCUCUAUCAGGCCGGCAACGGAAUUUAUAACCUUUUUGACAAGGUCCUCGUACUCGACGGGGGUAAGGAGAUCUACUACGGGCCUACACAGGAAGCUCGACCAUUCAUGGAAGAGCUUGGCUUUAUCUGUCGUGACGGUGCCAACGUUGGCGAUUUUCUCACAGGAGUUACUGUGCCUAAGGAACGCCAGAUCAAACCAGGUUUUGAGCGAACUUUCCCUCGCACAGCUGACGCCGUCCAGCAAGCUUACGACAAGUCGGCGAUCAAGCCAAAGAUGGUGGCAGAAUAUGACUAUCCGGAUACGGAGGAAGCCAGAGAGAACACCCGGCUGUUCAAAGAAGGCGUUGUCGGCGAGAAGCACCCCCAGCUCCCCAAGGGCAGUCCUUUAACGGUCAGCUUCACAACCCAGGUGAAAGCCGCCGUUAUUCGUCAGUACCAGAUCCUUUGGGGCGACAAGGCAACUUUCAUCAUCACCCAAGUUUCAACCCUUAUUCAGGCCUUGAUGGCUGGUUCGCUCUUUUACAUGGCCCCGAACAACUCGGGUGGCCUUUUCUUGAAAGGAGGUGCCGUCUUCUUCGCCUUGCUGUUCAAUGCGCUAGUCGCCAUGGCCGAAGUGACGAGCUCUUUUGCUGGUCGCCCCGUCCUCAUCAAACACAAAUCGUUCGCCCUGUAUCAUCCCGCUGCUUUCUGCGUCGCUCAAAUUGCAGCCGAUAUACCUGUCAUCUUCUUCCAAGUUUCAGUCUUCUCGGUUGUCCUGUACUUCAUGGUUGGACUGACAAGCUCUGCGGGGGCUUUCUUCACAUUCUGGGUCAGCCUGAUCGCCAUUACCUUUUGUAUGACUGCAUUUUUUCGCGCUAUUGGUGCCUCCUUCCCCAACUUCGAUGCUGCUUCCAAGGUUUCUGGAUUUGCAAUUAUGACUACAGUUCUCUAUGCCGGCUAUCAGAUCCAAUAUUCUCAGAUGCACCCCUGGUUUAUCUGGAUCUUCUGGAUUAACCCCCUCUCCUAUGGGUUUGAUGCCCUCAUGGCCAAUGAAUUCCAAGGCAAGACCAUUCCGUGUAUCGGACAUAACCUCAUCCCCAAUGGACCGGGCUACGCCGACAGCAACUUUCAGUCGUGUGCUGGUAUUUUGGGAGCGACGCAAGGCGCUACAUUCGUUACUGGUGAACAGUAUCUGGAUGCCCUGUCAUACAGCCAUAGCCACAUCUGGAGAAACUUUGGCGCGGUCUGGGCGUUUUGGGUACUCUUCGUCGUGAUCACCAUCGCUGCGACCAUGCGAUGGCGGCCAUCUGCUGAAGCUGGUCCGUCUCUGGUCAUUCCCCGAGAGAACGCCAAGACAUCCAUUCACCUCCUUAAGAAGGACGAGGAGUCUCAGAAUCUUGAGGCCCUAGCCGAGACCACUGACGUGGAGACCAGCACCACCCCGAACGCCAAGACAGAAAAGGCAAAGGGAACAAGCGAUCUCAUGCGCAACACAUCCAUCUUUACCUGGAAAAACCUCACGUACACAGUAAAAACCCCUAGCGGCGACAGGCAGCUUCUGGACAACGUCCAGGGCUGGGUCAAGCCAGGCAUGCUCGGCGCACUCAUGGGAAGCUCGGGCGCUGGUAAGACUACUCUACUUGAUGUUUUAGCUCAGAGGAAGACGGACGGCACGAUUCACGGGUCCAUCAUGGUGGACGGGCGUCCUCUGCCCAUUUCCUUCCAACGCUCUGCAGGAUACUGCGAGCAGCUCGACGUUCAUGAGCCAUACGCCACGGUUCGCGAAGCUCUUGAAUUCUCCGCUCUUCUCAGGCAGGAUCGCAGUGUACCUCGCGAAGAGAAACUCCGCUACGUCGAUACUAUUAUUGAUCUACUUGAGCUUCACGACUUGGCUGACACCUUGAUUGGUCGCGUCGGUUCUGGUCUCUCUGUCGAACAAAGGAAACGAGUUACUAUCGGCGUUGAACUUGUUUCCAAGCCCAGCAUUCUAAUCUUCCUCGACGAGCCAACAUCUGGUCUAGACGGACAGUCCGCCUAUAGCACUGUUCGCUUCCUUCGUAAGCUAGCCGAUGUUGGGCAGGCCGUGCUCGUUACCAUCCACCAGCCUUCCGCUCAGCUAUUUGCCGAGUUUGACACACUCCUCCUUUUGGCCAAGGGUGGCAAGACGGUUUAUUUCGGCGACAUUGGCGACAAUGGAAACACCCUCAAGGACUACUUUGGUCGCCACGGUGCCCCGUGUCCCAAGGAGGUAAAUCCGGCUGAACACAUGAUCGAUGUUGUCUCGGGGCAUCUCUCCCAGGGUCGCGAUUGGAACGAGGUCUGGCUCUCAUCACCUGAGCACGCGGCUGUUGUUGACGAGCUCGAUCGUAUGAACGCCGAAGCAGCAGCUAAACCUCCUGGUACAACUGAAGAAGCUCAUGAGUUUGCUCUACCCCUGUGGGAGCAAACGAAAAUUGUCACGCACCGCAUGAAUGUCGCCAUGUAUCGCAACGUUGAUUAUGUCAACAACAAACUGGCACUUCACAUCGGCGGAGCCCUCUUCAACGGCUUCUCCUUCUGGAUGAUCGGCAGCUCAGUAAACGACCUGACAGGACGUCUCUUCACUAUCUUCAACUUUAUUUUUGUCGCGCCGGGCGUCAUGGCGCAGUUGCAGCCUCUCUUUAUAGACCGUCGAGAUAUUUUCGAAACCCGCGAGAAAAAGUCGAAGAUGUACUCGUGGAUCGCAUUCGUCACGGGCUUGAUCGUUUCCGAGAUUCCGUACCUCUGCAUCUGUGCCGUCAGCUAUUUCGUCUGCUGGUACUACACUGUCGGCUUUCCCGGCGACUCGAACCGCGCUGGCGCUACUUUCUUCGUCAUGCUGAUGUACGAGUUUGUUUACACUGGUAUCGGUCAGUUCGUUGCUGCGUACGCCCCCAAUGCCGUUUUCGCCUCACUCGUCAACCCCAUCAUCCUGGGUACACUCAUCAGUUUCUGUGGUGUUCUCGUGCCGUACUCACAGCUCCAGACGUUCUGGAGGUACUGGAUGUACUGGCUCAACCCUUUCAACUACCUCAUGGGCAGCAUGCUCGUCUUUGAUGUUUGGGGCACGGAUGUCACCUGCAAAGACCACGAGUUUGCGCUGUUUGACACCCCCAAUGGGACGACCUGUGGCGAUUACCUUGCCGACUAUUUGCAGGGUAUGGGUUCCGCAACCAAUCUGGUCAACCCGGAAGCUACGUCUGCGUGCCGGAUCUGCCAGUACUCAGAUGGCAGCGAUUACCUGCGGACGUUGAACCUGAUGGAGUAUUACUACGGCUGGCGCGAUGCGGCCAUUGUGGUCAUUUUUGCCCUCAGCUCGUACGCAUUGGUGUACCUGCUGAUGAAGCUGCGCACCAAGGCUUCGAAGAAGGCUGAGUAG